GGAAAUGAAUGAACCCGUCAAAUAAUGAAAAAAGAUGAAUAACAUUGAUUUAUUUUGGCACGUGUGUCAGAUUCCGUCUACAUUUCAUCAAAAAAUGAAUUUUGCAGAUACUUAAUAUUUACGGAGAAAAUGGAGACCCAUGUAGCUAGGCAUGUACUGAGAGGCAUUAGUUUUAAUUCCUAUAAUGCUGGGGAUAUUUUGGAGCUCAGUGUGAAAGAAAUCACAAAUCCUCUGACAUUUGACAGCCUAUUACAUCCAACAGCGGGAGGCUUAUAUGACCCAAAACUAGGUCCCACGGAUCGAGAUGAGAGAUGCCAGACCUGUGGCUUGGGACAGGCGUGCCCUGGACACAUGGGUCACAUUACUCUACCAUUACCCAUGUACAACCCAGUUUUCUUUAAUGUUUUAUAUCAGAUUUUAAAAGGCACUUGCUUUGCUUGUCAUCGACUAGCUGUCCAUUCUUUGAAGUCAUCAGUAUUGGUUCAGAAGUUUAGACUUUUAGACCAUGGGCUGCUGUCAUCAGUAGCAGAUGUUGAUGAAAAUAUUGCACAUCUCGCAUCAGAGUAUACAGAAGAAUUAGUGGUGGAGCAGUUGAAUGAUAUGGUGCUUAACAAAAUUAACAAUACAACAGAGCAGGAUAUUAAUGUGAAGAAUAUACAAGCUUGUAAGAAUACUACGAGAAGGGACUUCCUAAGUGAACAUUUUAAGGUGAAGGGAAAGUGUGUUCAUUGCAAAACCAAGAGAAUGCCUUUGAGGAAGACUCAAAAUGCGAAGAUUAUGUUGUCCACAGUCACCACCACCUCCAAAACAAAAAAGUCCAUCAGACAGAUAAAGGUGAAACAAACAGAAAAUGAUGAAGAGAAUGGGGAGGACAGUGAUGAUGCUGAUAUGGUGUCAGGUAAACAGGUAUAUGUGACCUCAGCAGAUGUCAGGGAUCAUCUCAGACAGGUGUGGCAAAAGGAUCAACAAGUUCUCAAGUGUUUAUUUAACUUCCUAUCAGACUCGGAGACAGACUAUCCUACGGAUGCUUUCUUCAUUGAAAUUAUUCCCGUGCCACCCUCCAGGUUUAGACCAAUUUCAUCACUGAGAGACAGGAAAUUUGAGAAUCCCCAGACUCUAAACUUGUGCAAUGUUCUGAAAGGAUCAGCCUUGAUACGUAAAAUUUUGUCAUUGAAAGCAGUUGAAGAUGAUGGGAAGAAAAUGACAGAAAUUGAACCGACAUCUAUAACAGAGGUACCGGGAGGUAAUCUAAACGAGAAACUUCAGAACGCAUGGGUCAAACUACAAACAGUAGUCAACAGUAUUGUAGACGGAGAUGCUGACAAAUUGGCAACAGACAAAAUUAUAGGAGUGAAACAGAUUUUAGAGAAAAAGGAAGGGUUGUUCAGAAAGAACAUGAUGGGAAAGAGAGUGAACUUUGCUGCACGUUCUGUGAUUUCACCUGAUCCUUGUAUCGGUACAUGUGAAAUAGGAAUCCCUGAAGUUUUUGCCAAGAAACUUACAUUUCCACAGCCUGUAACUCCAUGGAAUGUUCAUGAAUUGAGACAUGCUGUCAUUAAUGGACCAGAGUGCCACCCAGGGGCGUCUUUUGUAGAAAUGCCUAAUGGAAGUAAAAUUAUUUUAAAUACGAAAGAUAAAGUUCAAAGAGAGGCUCUCGCUAAGCAGCUGUUGACACCAUCAGCAGAUCCUCAACACCAACAAGGCUGCAAAGUGGUGUACCGUCAUUUAAAGAAUGGAGAUGUAUUGCUCAUUAACAGACAGCCAACACUUCACAGACCUAGUAUUCAAGCCCAUAAGGCGAGAGUUCUCCCUGGAGAGAAGACUCUACGUUUACACUAUGCAAACUGCAAGGCAUACAAUGCAGACUUUGAUGGGGAUGAAAUGAAUGCUCACUUUCCACAAACUCAACUUGGAAGAGCAGAAGCCUACACCAUUGCCUGUACAGACUACCAGUACCUGGUACCAAAGGAUGGCACUCCCCUGGCAGGGUUGAUCCAGGAUCACAUGGUCUCAGGUGUGUCUCUCACCAUCAGGGGCAGGUUUUUUAACAGAAAUGACUAUUGUCAACUGGUGUACAUGGCAUUGGUGGACAAACGAGGCCCAAUCAAGCUGUUGCCUCCAGCAGCAAUCAAGCCAUGCCUUCUUUGGUCUGGUAAACAGGUCAUAUCUACCUUGCUUCAGAACAUUAUACCCACACGUAGAGAAAUGCUCAACCUCACUGGAAAAUCAAAAAUACCAGAAAAGAGUUGGAUUCACCACCAUCAGAAAUGUCCAAGUCUUGAUGACAUGGGGGAGAGUCAUGUUGUCAUUAGAGGCUCAGAGCUGCUCUGUGGUGUCCUUGACAAAGGUCACUAUGGUAACACACCGUAUGGACUGGUCCACUGCUGCUAUGAGUUAUAUGGAGGAGAAGUGGCAGGAACUCUCCUCUCCUGCCUGGGGAGACUCUUCAUGAACUUCUUACAGCAACACAGAAGCUUCUCAUUGGGGGUGGAAGACAUCCUUGUCACCCAGAAAGCAGACCAGAAAAGAAAGAAGGCAAUUCACAAAUCAAAGAAGUGUGGUCCAGAGGUGGCAAAACAGGCUCUGGGGCUGGAGGAGGACCAAGACAAGGAGGAGAUAGUAGAAGCCAUGAUGGAUGCUCAGUUUGACAGGAAUGACAGGCGACUCAGAGAACUGGAUCUGUGUAUGAAAAGCAAAACAGACAACACACAGAAUGCUAUUGUUGGAGCCUGUAUGCCUAAGGGUUUAGAGAAGCUGUUUCCAGCAAACAAUCUCCAGCUGAUGGUGCAGUCUGGUGCCAAAGGUUCCUCGGUGAAUUGCAUGCAGAUUUCUGGUUUGCUGGGACAGAUUGAGCUGGAGGGAAGACGCCCCCCUCUGAUGCUGAGUGGAAAGACACUCCCUUCCUUCAUGGCAUAUGAUAAUUCACCUAGGGCUGGGGGAUUUGUGGCUGGGAGGUUUUUGACUGGAAUUCGGCCUCAAGAGUACUUUUUCCAUUGUAUGGCAGGGAGAGAGGGUUUGAUAGACACCGCAGUGAAGACAAGUAGGAGUGGUUACCUGCAGCGCUGCCUGAUUAAACACCUGGAGGGAGUAAUGGUGAACUAUGACAUGACAGUGAGGGACAGUGAUGGAAGCAUUAUACAGUUUUACUAUGGUGAGGAUGGUUUGGAUGUCUCUAAGUGUGGGUUUCUUUCUCCCAAACAAUUCCCUUUUCUGAUUGACAACAGUAAAGUUGAAGGCAGUGGUGAGGCAUGCGACAAGAAAGUCACCAAGAGGAUGAAAAAGAUAAAAAAGUGGAAUAAAUCAAAUCAGAAGAGAAACAAAAGACAAUCUGCUUUCCUGGAAUAUUCCAAAGAGUAUGCAGAAAAUGGUGCUCUUGAUCACAAGACAUUGUUAAAGACUGGAAGGAGUAAGGCUGUAAUGCAGAUCAUCAGCAGCUGGCAAAGUCUGGAGGAAACAGAGAGGGACAGGUACCUACAACAUAAUGUCAGUGCUCCAGAUCCAGUCACUAGUGUGUAUCGACCUUUUCAACGUAAAGGAGUACUGCCAGAAGGCUUCCUGCAGAAAAUUCAAGAUUACAGUGAAAAUGAGCUGAUGAAGCUGUCAUUAUCAGAGAGGGACUUGAUGAGGAUGUUGUGUUGUAAAGCUGAACGUUCCUUCUGUCAGCCGGGGGAAGCCGUGGGGCUUCUGUGUGCUCAGUCUAUAGGGGAACCCUCCACACAAAUGACCUUGAACACCUUUCACUUUGCGGGUCGAGGUGAAAUGAAUGUGACCUUGGGUAUUCCUCGAUUGGUGGAGAUCCUGAUGGUGGCCUCAGAUAAGAUCAAAACACCAUCUAUGGAGGUGCCUAUUUUUGCCCACUGUCAAGACAAAGCCAAAAAUCUACAAACAAAGUUUAAUAAGGUUGUUUUAUCAGAGGUGUUAGAAAAAGUAAUAGUGAAUGAAUACCUCUCCAUCAGUGGAAGCAGUCGAAGUCAGCGUUUUCGUGUCUUCAAGCUUCGAUUUAAUUUCCUGCGGCAGGAGUUUUACGAAAAGAGACUUCAUGUCACCCCCUCAUCUAUUCUACAUUUUAUGGAGAGGAUUUAUAUUCGAAAUUUACUGACAAAAAUUAAAAAGAAGAUUAGUGACUUCCAGAAAGCAAGAAUGGUGAGUAGUGGUCAUAUCAGAAGUCAGCAGACUCCUCCCACAAGAGCUCAAGCUUCAGACGAUGAAGAGUUGUCUGAUGUUGAGGAGAAUGACAAUGCUGCAUCAGAUGUCAAAGAGAGGCAGAAAAAACAGGAGGAACAAGAAUAUGAGGAGGAGGAAAAAGAAGAGGAAAAUGAAGAGGAAGAAGAAGAUAUAGAGAUGGAUGAUGACAAUGAGGAAGAUGAUGAGGAAGAAGAUGCAGGAGAAGAUGGGCUUCCUAAGUCAUCUGUAAAGGAAUCAAAGGAAAGCAGGAUACAGUUUGUACUGCAGUCCAGUUCCAACAUUGCAGAUUAUAGAUAUGAUGUUAAGAAAGAGCGUUGGUGUGAAUUUACAAUACAAUUUGGAUUGCUAAACAGUAAGAUUGACCUGACCUCUCUAAUUGAGGAACAUGCAAAGGAAACAGUCAUUCAUUGUGUUCCAGGAAUAAAUAGGUGUCUUCUCAAAGAGGUUAAAGCUCAACAAGGCCCAGAACUUCACAUCUGUACAGAGGGAAUCAACAUUCUGGAGACAUAUUCAUACACUGAUAUUUUAGAUGUCAAUCGCCUCUACUCCAACGAUAUUCAUGCUAUUGCAAGGACAUAUGGAAUAGAGGCUGCCAAUAAAGUUAUCAUCAGGGAAAUCAAGAAUGUGUUUGCAGCCUAUGGUAUCGAGGUGGAUUACAGACACCUUUCCCUAUUAGCAGAUUAUAUGACAUUUGAAGGCACAUACAAGGCUUUUAACAGAAGAGCCUUAGAGACCUGUGCUUCAUGUUUACAGCAAAUGAGUUUUGAAACCACCAUGAGUUUCUUGGUAAAGGCUACCAUGCAGGGUGCUUAUGACAGUUUAAAGUCUCCAUCCUCCCAGAUUGUGGCAGGAAAACCAAUUUCAUGUGGAUCUGGUGCUUUUGAACUUCUUUACAGUCUAGUGUAGCUGUUGGUCAAUUUCAUGAAAUCAAUAAAUAUUGUUAAAGCUA